AUGGAUCUGCCGUCUUCUCUUACGCUUCUCGAGGCCUUCAAUGCCGAGGAUGUAGAUCGGUUAGAACAAGGCGGGGAUAGUCUAGAUCCCUUUGCGCAGUACAUCGCAUCAGGGAGGAAGCCGAUAUCUGGCCAACCACAUAUGACCCUGACCCGCAAUGUACCCCAGACAUAUCCCUUAGACAGUUACCUUUUGACGAUAAAUGAGCUACUCUCGCCACAGAUCCCGGAUGUUAUUCUAGGAGACUACAGUCAGUCACUUGAACUGCAGCGAACUUUCCAGGCCCGGCUUCCGAAUGUCUCUGAAGAAAGUAAAGAAUAUCUUCAUUUGAAAGGAGCUCUCAGAAUAGUUCCUAUCGAACUUCGGAAUCAGUUGCUCGGGGCUUAUAUCAAAUAUGUCCAUCCUCUGCUACCGGUCAUUGAUCUGCAAUGGUUUUUAUUCAAUGUCAUGGUCGAGGAUGAAUCCCAAUUUCCAAGCCCGCUUCUUCAUCAAGCUGUCAUGUUGGCUGGAAGUGCAUUUAUUGAGCAGGAAACUGCCGUCAAAGCUGGAUUCUCGUCACGGAAAGCAUUGCGAAGAACGUUAUUUGGUCGAGCUAAGCUUCUUUAUGAAUUCGAGACCGAGCCCAACGCAUACACCCAGAUCCAAGCUUUGCUACUCAUGAUGCAGUGGCAUGGAAGUGGAGACGGCCACAAAGUCCCAACAUACUGGUUCGAUCUCGCCUAUUCGACAGCAGAGCGUGUCGGUCUCCUUGGAAGUUUAGAAACAGGUAGUUUUUCUCAUAAGCACAGAUUGUGGUGGUGUCUCUAUGUGCGCGACCGCGUUCUCUCCCUCGGCUUUCGGCGACCAUUACGAAUCCCAAACAGUGAUGUCACAAUGUCACUACUGGAAGCUACGAGAUACUAUUCCUCCGAGCCAUACCAUGACCUCGUGCUAGUGAUGCUGGGAGAAGCAUCAGCUAUGCUCAACUGGGAAAACCAAGAGCGAAUGAUGCUUCUGUUUAUUCAGGAGAUCAAGCUUGCUCACUGUGUGGGCGUCAUCAUCAGUCUUCUCUACCAAGAUGCUUGGUCACCGUCACCGUCGGGAGAUUGUGAAUACUCCAUGGUACCCAAGUCAAAGAUAUCACAGGCCACCAUAACGGAAUGCGAGCAGCUUCUGAAAGUCUGGAUUGAGAAUCUUCCUGCUCCGGCACAUUAUUACUCCCCGUCACUCUUGCACCAUUGCCAUACAGAGUCUCCAGAGAUGAUCCUCCUUGUCCACCAAGCUUUCCUGUAUCUCCUCCAUCUCACUGCAAUGUCCAUACUCUUCCAGGCCGCGUCGAGCGGAGGGGAAAAUCUCGAGACUACUAUCAACUCGGAAAUGAGAAGCUUGGCUUUGCAAGUCAAUGAGACUCUCAAUGAGCUGCAUGACUGCAGGAUGCUUCAUUUUCUCCCUGGAAGCACCGUUACUAUACUGGUUAUCAUUCUCGAGGCAAGCCUUCCUGAUCUGAAGGUUUCGGAUGAUAUUGUGAGGAUGCAGGCCAUGUCGAACUUGUAUGCUUGUGAGGAAGCGGCUGGACAUUUACUACAAACUUAUCCUGCGGCUGAGAUUGUUCUUUCGCAGGCCCAAAAUGCUCGUGGGCAUCUCUUGGGUUUGAUCACAACUUGA